UUCAGUAAGUCAGUCAGUCAGUCAGUCUCUUCUAUGGCAGCAGCGAGGUGAGUGCCGGUGCCCGCAGAAGAUGGUCGUCAAGCCACCGACGCGCCGCACCCAACGCCGUCAAUCACCGCCGCUUCAUCAGCAUUUAUCGUGCGCGCUUCCCUAUCAACGCCGUCUUUUUCAGCAUCAAUGGAGGAGCGAAGACAGGAGAGGCGUCGGAGUUACAGCGCCGCCAGCGGUGAAAUUAGCGACUUAGGGAGCUUCAACAGUGAUGCGGAGGCGGAAGAGCGCGGUGGCGCGUUUUCUCCCUGUCGCGCCAGCAGCUCGACGCCUUUGCGGCCGAAAUUCAGUUUUUCUUUGAUCAGAGACGAAAAGGAUGAGGUCGAAUGGGACGAUGAGCCGAUUGGUGAGAAGGAUGAAGUAGCGUGGGACGAUAAGCCUCUGGAUAUGUCAGUAAUGGAAAUAGAGAUGAUGAAGGAGAGAUUUGCAAAGUUGCUUCUGGGUGAAGAUAUGUCUGGAGGGGGUAAAGGAGUUUGUACUGCUCUAGCUAUAUCAAAUGCUAUCACCAAUCUUUCUGCAUCUGUAUUUGGGGCACAGUGGAAGCUGGAGCCAUUGGUUCCACAAAAGAAGGCCUUGUGGUUCAGGGAGAUGGAGUGGCUGUUAUCCAUUGGUGAUUCAGUUGUGGAAUUUGUGCCCAAAAUACAGCAAUUUCCAGGUGGUGGAACCUAUGAGAUAAUGGCAACAAGACAGAGGAGUGACUUGUACAUAAACUUAGCUGCACUCAAGAAGCUUGAUGCAAUGUUGAUUAGCAUUCUGGAUGAGUUUGAGGAUACAGAGUUUUGGUAUGCUGAUGGUGGAGUUGGUGUAGAUGAAGAAGACAGAUUCUCAUCAGAAAGGUAUUGUGAGAGGGCCUCAGUUAGGCAGGAGGGCAAGUGGUGGCUUCCAUGGCCUAAAGUUCCUGAGAAAGGAUUGUCCAAAGAUUCGAGGAAGAUGUUGCAGCAAUGCAGGGAUUGUGGAAACCAGAUACUGAAGGCAGCCUUGGCUAUAAACAGCAAUGCUCUUUUUGAGAUGGACAUUCCAACUGCCUAUUUGGAAAGUUUACCAAUGAAUGGAAGAGACUGUUUGGGCAAUACCAUAUAUGAAUCCUUGACGGCUGAUCGCUUUGAACCUGAAUCCUUAAUUGAUUCCCUGGACUUGUCAUCAGAGCAUCAGGUCCUGGAUAUUGCAAAUAAAAUUGAGGCAGCUGCGCACGUGUGGAAGCUGAAAGAGCGAAAAAAACACCUGGAUACUCAGAAAUCUAAGCGGAAGGCGUGGAGCAGCAAGGUGAAGAGCUUGGGAUCUGAUGGGGACAAGAAUCAAUAUCUAGCUGAUCGCGCCGAAACCCUUUUGCAGUAUCUAAGACAAAGAUUUCCUGCACUUCCGCAAACUGCAUUAGAUAUGAGCAAAAUCCAGUACAACAAGGAUGUCGGGCAUGCCAUACUAGAAAGCUAUUCUCGAGUAAUGGAGAGCUUGGCGUUCAACAUAAUUGCGAGGAUUGACGACGUGCUGUGUGUGGACGAUGCCAUCAAGCGCAGCGCCGCAUCAGAGCCUGUCCCCAAACCAGGUUUGAAGAGGGGAGAAGGUUUCAAUGGCCUGCCAAUUCAAAAGAAGAUAUCGCCGAGUCCCUUCUCAAUUUACACCCCGCCGUACACUUCUCCUUUGUCCAGCCCGCCCUUGAUGAGUAGCCCAACGCCGGUUAAGAGUCCUUCCCGUGGCCAUAAACCCGACAGUGUCGUGCCUCUGCCUGCUGACAUGGAUCGAGUUUGGUCGCGCCGUCUAAGCUUUCAUUGAUUCGAUUCAUAUAGCGGGUAUUGUCAGUUGUGUCUUCUACCUAUAUAUCCAUCCAUUAUGUAUAUUUGUCUCAGCCUAUGAAAGUAUUAAUACUAUUGAUCUUUA